GACCAACAUUCAACUCUUCUGUUAACAGACUGUCUUCGGCAUGUCCACCCCGAAAGUGGCACCAUGGAAAUGGCGUCCAUGUCCGGUCAAUACAUCCCUUUCCCUUUGGGUAUGUGCUAUGUCCUUCUCGACGUUUACCUCCCGGAAGGUUUCAACGACGAAUGGCAGUCGUGAACUCUUCGAAUACACAUCUGGUCGAUGGAUGUAAGUUGCCCAACGCCCUCUGCUUCCAGCUUUGAUAAAUUAUACCGAUAGAUAUAACGAGAAAGUUCGUCUCGCCGAGCGCCAGGGGGAGUUUAAUCUAGAUGCAUUGAAACGCGCCGCUGCUCAGUCGCUGGGGAGAUGCGAUACACAGAUCAAAGGUCUGUCGAAACUAGCGGAAGGAGGUUUCAAUCGUGUCCUACAGAUCACUAUGCUUGAUGAUACUCAGGUCCUUGUCCGACUGCCAUAUCCCUCCACCGGACCAAGCAGUUGGCAGUCGCUAGCGAGGUGGCUACCUUGGCUCUUCUUCGGGCCCAUGGUCUUCCUGUGCCCCGUGUAUGCAUACUCCACAGAUGCUGGAAAUCCUGUUGGCUCGGGGUAUAUCAUCAUGGAGAAGCUACCGGGAAGACCACUUGGUGAUCGGUGGUUCGAGCUUUCUGAUCGAGAACGUCUAAAGGUGCUUCUGCAGCUUGUACAGCUAGAAGCAAAGCUUCAUGCUAUUCAGCUUCCUGCGAGCGGAAGCAUAUACUAUGCCAGCGACCUGCCAUCGGACUCAACACGCAUUGACAUCCCGGACUCAGAUCUCUGCAUCGGUCCUGAUGCAGCUCUUAAAUGGUGGUUUGCAGGGCGUGCCUCGCUCCAUAUUGAUCGCGGUCCUUGUAAGGACCCGAUCGAUGUUCUCCGAAACCCUGCGUUAAAAGAACUGGUCUGGCUGCGUGCAUACGGCCAGCCACGCUUCCCAUUCGAGCGUGCAUAUCGCGAAUCUAUGGAUUACCAAUUGUCCGACCCCAGUGAGCAUAUUGCUUCGCUAGAAUCCUACCUCAAAAUUGCCCCUGCACUGCUCCCAUCGAAUGAAUUGUUACGGCCUGUUCUUCGCCACCCUGACCUUCAACCGAACAACAUUUUUGUCUCUGAUGAUCUGGACAUUGUCGGAUUAAUUGACUGGCAACACGCAUCUGUGCUACCACUAUUCCUCGCCAGCGGGAUUCAGAAGUUCUUCCAGAACUACGACGACUCUGAAUCGCUUCAUUUUCGCCCACCUCAGCGUCCAGAUUUCGAAGACAUGGACGAGGAAGAAAAGGCCGACGCUUUUCAGGACUUUCAGCGCCGCCAUACCCACUUUUUCUACUUGGCCUUCACGCAGCGGUUCAAUGAACCUCAUUUCCGCGCCAUGGAUCAGGCUAAAAAUAUGAUUACACAUCGCACUUUUAACCAUGCGGGCGAGCCCUGGGAGGGGAAUAAUAUCCCACUUCAGGCCGACCUCGUUCUCGUUGCUAAAUCCUGGGACAAAUAUUCAACUGACCGGUGUCCGAUAUCAUUCUCCACGAUCAAGGCUGAUUCCAUCAUGCAAUUACAAGGUAUGCAGGGAGAGGCUGAUCUCCAACUCAAACACAUUCGCAAUGUUAUUGGCAUUGGUGUGGACGGUUGGGUCUCUUCAGAAGAAUAUGAAGCUGCCUGUGCCCGUGCUCGUCAGAUGAAAGUCGAUGGUCUUGUGUUGGGAUCCCCGAUGGGCUCCCAGGCCGGUAGGCAACGUAGGGUCACGUGACGCUCCUCCCUACACCGCUAGUUAGUCCAUAUAGAUGGCCUACGAGGCCCCUAGCUAGAUCAUCAUCCAUCUCAUUCUACACGGUUGAAUCGCCUUAGUAGCCACUCCAACA